AUGUACCAACAACCCACUUCUCGUCUGUUCUUGUUUUUCCUCUUUUCCUUAUUCUACCAUCUCCCUUGUGCUUCGAGUAAACAAGAACGUGGAUGGUGUGAGGCUCUGUUCCAGUGUGGGGACAUCGCCGCAAGUUUCCCCUUUUGGGGAGGAAAUCGUCCCAAACCUUGCGGUCAUGCGUCACUGGAGCUUCAUUGCAACAGCAGAAACAUCACCUCUUUAAACAUCUCAGGCCUUGAGUACAACGUUUCCCAUAUAAAUCAAACAUCUGAUAGUCUUAGUCUCAGACUUGCCAGAACAGACCUUCUAGGCUCUUUUUGCUCAGCUACAUUCAAAUCCACAACACUGCCUUCAGAGAUCUCUGAGGUUUCCCCAAUGUACAAGAGCCUCACCAUUUUCCAUCUUUGCAACCCUAGCCUUCAUUACCUUUCGACUUAUACAUGUCCUGGAAGAGGUAUUAUCUCAGCGUAUCAAAAUCCUAAGUAUCAUAGCUCCUGCCAAGGAAGUUUCACCGUGAACGUUCCUACGACAUUCUAUCCAGAAGAAAAAGAGUUGAAUUUGACUCAUUUGGAAAGUGUUCUCAGAAAAGGAUUUGAGGUGGCGGUCAUAACUGAUGAUAUACCAUGUGAAGAAUGUUCAUCCUCUACUUUUGAGCAUUACAAACGGUGCAAUCAACCAUUUAGAUGUGGCAAUCGGGGCGGUCUCUUGUACCCUUUUUGGAUACCUGGCAGACAAGACUGCGGCCAUCCUGACUUCAUGCUCGACUGUAGCAGAGGAUUUGCAGAGCUAAGUAUCUCCUCCGUGUUGUUCAGAAUCUUACAGGCAAACUAUAAGUCUGGUAUCGUAAGAUUCGCCAGCUUGGAUUAUAUCAACAAUCUUUGUGGCCGAAACCCAUUAAAUGUGCAAUACAUCCCGAGCGUCCUUCCAUUUGCUCCGGACACGGACUUUCUAAAAAUUCAUGUUGGAUGCCAAGACAUGGGAUAUGCUCUUUCUUAUUAUAAAAAUGGUUUUGACAUUAGAAGGCUUGAUUGUGGAUCUAGUCUUGGUUAUGAUGUUAAUGCAACAGAAAACUACUAUGUGUGGAAAAACAUGUCUUUUACUUUAGUCAAUCUCAAGGAUAUUGACUCUGUAUCUUCCUACUUCAGGGAUAAGUGCGAAAAAGAAGUCAAUAUACCUGCCUCUGGAUUGGCGUUCAACACACAUGGUCAAGAUAAUCUAACAAAGGUUCUUGAAGAGGGUUUCGAGCUUCAACUUAAUCGAGAGUGUUCAAUUUGCAUGAAAUCUAAGGGUGCUUGUGGAUAUAAUAAGUCUUCAAGAGGUUUCGUCUGCUACUGUAAUGAUGGGACGCAUGGAAAUGAUUGUGUCUCUGGAAAGACAAGACAUGGGUUUUUACUCAAAGCAACUCGCAUAGUUCCGGGAUCAGUAGCAGGCGUGAUUGUGAUCUUGGUCUUAUUACUAUUGCUUCUCCGUUUUCUACGGAAGAGAGAAACACGACUGAGGUGGGCCCUUAUUCCACUCAAACACUAUUCUUAUGCACAAGUGAAAAGAAUGACAAAGUCAUUUGCGGAAGUGGUUGGGAGAGGCGGAUUUGGAAUUGUUUAUAAAGGAACCCUUUGUGAUGGCCGUAUGGUUGCAGUGAAGGUCUUGAAAGAUUCAAAAGGUAAUGGUGAAGACUUCACAAAUGAAGUUGCCAGCAUUAGCCAAACCUCUCAUCUCAACAUUGUUUCAUUGCUUGGAUUCUGCUCUCAAGGUUCCAAAAGAGCAAUCAUAUAUGAAUUUUUGGAAAAUGGGUCACUUGAUAAGUUCUUAUCAGGGAAGACGACAGUGAAACUGGAUUGGAUGGCACUGUAUCGGAUUGCUCUAGGAGUUGCUCGUGGUCUAGAGUACUUGCACCAUGGCUGCAAAACAAGAAUUGUUCACUUCGACAUAAAACCACAGAAUGUACUCUUAGAUGAGAAUUUUUGCCCCAAAGUUUCGGACUUUGGCCUUGCUAAGCUUUGUGCGAAGAAAGAGAGCGCCUUGUCAUUGAUGGACACAAGAGGUACAGUAGGGUACAUUGCACCAGAGAUGAUCUCUAGGGCUUAUGGGAGCGUGUCUUCACAAGUCAGAUGUGUAUAG